GCUAAUGCUACUCAACCGUUUCCAGGUAGUGUUGGCUGAUACUCAGGACAGGAAUGGGAUGGUAAAAACAAACUGCACAGCUAGUUAGAACAGACAACCAAGUAAAAAAAACACCUCUGGCCCAAUAUUGGGGCGCUUUUCCUCCAGAUUUCAGAGCUAACUCCACAGGAUAUGACGUCUUACCUCCACCUCUUGUCCAUCACAGCUCAGAGGGUCCAGUCUAUAUACAGUCUAUGGGGCCAGUUUAAUUUCACAGGGUGGCCCUUUAAACGUUGCUAAAAGGGACAGACAGCUUAAACAACCCACCUUUUAGGCCUUUUAGCUUAAAAAUGGCCCAGCUACAGGCCUGUUUGCAGCCUGACAACAACUACAAUCGUCUGCUAAUCGGAUAGCGCGAGGGACUUUGAGUGACUUGCAGCUAGCUAACGUUACGCAGCUGUGUGAAACCGAAGCUAAUCGGCUACCUAACAUUAGCUAAAGCGGCUCGCUUUGCCAUAUGAUAUUGACGCACAUUGUACAGGGGAAAGACCUCUACAGAAAGCGACCUGAUCGGCGAUAAAUAAACCGGUGAAAUGGACAAAGAAGAAGCAGACCGGCUGAUCGAGAAGGCGAAGCUGUGUUUACGGUCCGGACGGAAAGAUCGGGCGCUGCAGCUGCUAUAUGAAGCCCAGAAUAUUUAUCCCAGCACCCGGGCCAGAGUGCUGAUAGAUGCCAUAGUAAAGAACGGAGGCACAGAUGGGCCACAAGCAAACCACGUGCCCCCACCGUCAGGCUGGAGAGACGAGGACAUUAGAAACAAUGAAACAAGUCAUGCAGGUGGUGAUGAGAAGAAGAGCUACACCGAGGAUCAACGCCAGGGUGUUCUCAGAAUAAAGAAUUGCAAGGACUUUUAUGAAAUUCUCGGUGUUCCCAAAAAUGCAAGUGAUGAAGAUUUGAAGAAGGCGUACAGAAAGUUAGCCCUCAAGUUUCACCCCGACAAGAACUUUGCUCCAGGAGCCACAGAUGCUUUCAAAGCAAUAGGCAAUGCAUAUGCAGUGCUGAGCAAUCCAGAGAAGAGGCAGCAGUAUGAUCAAUAUGGAACUCAAUCUGCAGCUUCGAACGCACCCCAGCACUCCAACACCUACAGCCGCCAUGGAUACUACCGAAGCUUCCACAGAGACUUUGAGGCCGACAUUUCCCCCGAGGAACUCUUCAACAUUUUCUUCGGAGGAAGAUUUCCAACAGGAAAUAUCCAUGUUUACACCAACCAGGGAGCCUCCUACUCUCAGUUCUAUCAGCCUCGUCGUCGACGUGCUUAUGAGAGGCGCGAGGAGGUGGUGGAGGAAAACCAGAGUCAGAACACCUUCACAGCGCUCCUGCAGCUUCUCCCUGUGCUGGUGCUAAUCCUCAUAUCAGUGUUUACGCAGAUGAUGGCCACUAACCCGCCCUACAGUCUCUUCUAUAAGCCGGCCAUGGGGCUGGUGGUGUCGAGGGAAACGCAGCACAUGGGCGUGCCAUACUAUGUGGAUAAAAGUUUUGAGAAGGAAUACCGUGGGGCUGCACUGGAUGAACUAGAGAAAACCAUUGAGAGCGACUAUAUCGAACACCUGCAGAGCAGCUGCUGGAAAGAGAAGCAGCAAAAAUCAGACUUGGCAAACCUUGGACAACUGUACAGAGACGAACGGUUAAAGCAGAAGGCAGAGUCAAUGAGGCUGGACAACUGUGAGAAACUGCAUCGAUUGGUUGGGCGUCAGAGAGGCAAAUGAGGACGGUUUUAGAGGAGAACAAGUUUCUUUACAGACUUUAACAAAAAUGCAUUUUAUUGAAGUGUGUAAUUUGUCCAAUCUGGCCACUUUGUAAAGAAAUCUCUUUUAGGUACAGCGCAGUCAGUGGGAGAUAAUGCCACUGGAAACAAUGUGCCUUCUCUCCUCUUUGAUGGUAGAAAACAGUUGCAUGCUGGCUGCAGACCCUGCCUGUGGUGGCAGCAGCAUCGAGUGCAAACUCACUGUGGCAGUGUGUAUGAUGUCUCAGAGCCUUUAAACUUUCUUAUAGAAAUGGCAUGACAUACGGGGUCUCCCUUUGGGGUUAUGAAGGCAGUAGUAUGUUCACACAUACAUGUUUUAUUUGUUUAGGUUUUUGUAGUUUACCUAUAUUUAAUUUAUUGAAUAUUUUGUGUCCUCGCUGAACUUUUAGGUGUAUUUAUUUAUUAGUUUGUAGAGUGAAUGUUACUUGAGCAUCUUUUUUUUUUCUGUAGGAAAUAAUGAAGUACAGUGACUUAAAUAAUACGGUAGUCUUUGGACAAAUCUAAGAGCUUCUGUACUGUGAAAUGACAGGAACUUACAACAUAGACAAAUCUAUCUAUACUGUGGUUAAUCAGACAAUAGGCGGUACAGUAGAGUCAAAUUUUACAAUUCAUGACCACAUUUUUCUGAUUGUGUUCUCGUCAAAGGUUUUUUACUUGCCAAAAAAUGAGCUGUCUCCUACAGCAGAGCUUCCUGCUCCCCACACUGCUGCUUGCAUAGGUGUCCAAUACAUUGGUCAUUAAGCUUCUGCCGUUCAAGAAGUUAUUCAGUGUUUUUAGCUGCAGGCCUAUGUUUGAGGAAUGAUUGUUGUGCUGCAAAAAGAGGCCACAUUUCCAAGGUUUGUCACUAGCAGGGAGACCAGAUCAACCAAAAAGCCUAUUCACAGUCCCGACCAGUGUUCUGGUGUACUGAGUAAAUAUGGGACGCUCCAUUGUGAGCAACAUCUGUAAGGUUGCCGGGGCUUAAAUGGCAUAAAAUACUUUCUUUCCCUAAAGUGCGCACAGCACAAUUUAUUGUGUUGUCAUAAAAAAAGCAGUUUGGCCCUUGUUUUCUACAUUCUGCACCUUCAUUAAUUUUAUAAAGAAGACACAUCUUAUUUGAAAAUAUCAUGUAAAACUAAAUUUACUAAUUGAAACCUUGUUUAUGUUUAAUUCUAUUAAAUAUCUAUGGAUAUCAUUUUUUUUCUCCUUUCAGCAAGGAAACCAGAAGAGCGACUUUAAUUUUGAGCAAAAACGCUAAGUUUGUUAAGUCUUUAUACCAACCACAGGUGAUUCAAACCCUAUACACAUCUGGAUAGUGUUUCUGUGCACUGAGACUGCCAAACUGCCUUAGCUGUUCACAUACUUAUAUAAGUAUUCAGGUUCAUUUCAUGCACUUUUCAGUUAAUAUUUAAUCCUGUGUGUCCUAUUGUUACUGUUGCAUGCACCCCUAGUGAGAGUGUGUUAUUAGUUACGUAUUUAUUUUUCAGCGAACACAUCAUGACUACUGACGCACUAAAUGUUAAGUGAUUAGAAUAUCCAGGUUCAGACAGUAAAUCACAAACGUAAAAACCUUAACUGUGAUGCACAAAAAAAUCAGGUUUUUGGUAUCAGUCAGUGUGGUAUUACACUUAAGAAAAACUGCAGAAUUCAGUUUUCAGCCAAAUAAACCUGAAAUUAAAGAUGUAACCAGAUUA